UGACUUCGAAAUGCCUGUUGAUGAAAGCUGAAGUGAUGGGCACAAAAUCAGGUCGUCGUGAGAAACCAAAAGAUGCAUUUGAAGAUACCGACGGCCUUUAUGAUCCUGAGUGUGAAAACACUGGUGCUUUCAAGGCAAAGCAGUGCAAUGGGACCACCUGUUGGUGUGUGAACACAGCUGGCGUUAGAAGAACUGACAAACAUGAUGCAGACUUGAAGUGCAAUCAAUUAGUCAGAACAAUGUGGAUCAUCAUUGAAAUUAAACAUGCUGAGAGAAAUGCACCUCUGAAUCCCGACUCUCUAAAGAAGUUCUUCAAGGAUAUGAUCACCAGUCGUUAUUUGCUGGAUGGACGCUAUAUAACUGAUGUUGUGUAUGAGAAGCCUUUCAUUACUAUUGAUUUGAAGCAAAAUUCCUUAGACAAAUCUGCUGGAGAUGUGGACAUAGCUGAUGUGGCCUACUACUUGGAAAAAGAUGUAAAAGGUGACUCCGUCUUCCUUAACAGCAGACUAAAUGUCAGCAUUGAUAAUGAAGCACUGAAGUUAGAGAAGACAGCGGUCUUCUACGUUGAUGAAAUAGCACCAGAGUUUUCCAUGAAGUCUCUGACUCCUGGCGUUAUUGCUGUCAUUGUAGUAAUAGUAAUAGCAGUAGUUGCUGCAAUUGUUGUGCUGGUCCUCACAAGGAGGAGGAAAGGGAAGUACGUGAAAGCUGAGGUAAAGGAAAUGAAUGAAAUGCAUAGAGGACUGAAUGCUUAA